CGUUUACCUCUCUUAAACACAUUUGAACCGUGUUAUAGCGAUACGUGGUAGUUGGCUUGCCUCUAUCCUCACGCGGCUCUGAUAUUCGUGUUUUCGAGUGCAGAUUUGACCAUGCGAGAACGCGGAGCCGACGUGUACGCUGGCUACAAGAUCAGCCUGUCCGACGCCGAGAGGUGGGCGCGGAAGCACAGCUGGCUGACGGACGACGACGACACCACCCCCGCAUCCACGGCCAUCGCGCUCGCCUGGCACCGCGCCGGCGCAAACGGGCGCGCCUCCAUCAUCCCGACCGACUGGCCCAAGGCGCUGCUCAGACGCAACGCCAACGGCGAAGACGAGUUCGCUCGCCGGGGCACGCCCAUCGUCCUUCUCGCGCGCCAAACGCAAUACGACCCGACUGCGACGUCGUCCACCUGCCAGCCGAUGGAGGAGCGCGAGUCCGACCGCAAGUUCAAGGCAAUCCUCGAGCAGGACGGUCUCAAGCCGAAGUGGGUGACCGUUCCCGACCCGUGGUUCCUCCUCCCGUCGGACUACGUGCGGCCCAAGCCCGCGCCUUCUUCCGAAUCUUCGGCACCUGAAUCCGCGUCGCCCGCCCAGGCUCCUCGUCCCCCAUGCCGAUGCGUCUUUUAAAUGUGUCUUGUGUUGUUUGUGGCCAGUCGGGGUUUCGCUGUCACGUCGUCGAGAUUUCUAGUGAAGGCACUACUUACCGCCUCGUUCCAUAUGCUCUCGCUUCGCGGUGGGGUUUACAUUUGACCGUCGACUUGAUGCACUAGAGUUGGGAAAGGGCGGGGUCCCGGCAAUUCACCUUCGCUUGCACCGCUGUAGUACAACAAAUCAUGUCCAUACUCAUCAAAUCUGCGUAGAAUGUUUGCCG